AUGCAGCAACGCCUUCAUCGUUUGCAUCAUCCUUUUGCUGUAUUUUCAUUGGUUGUAGCUUUUGACCUCGUCAUUGAAGACAUCAUUUUGAUGGCAUUACUAUCGGUUGGAACGAGUAGUCGUAGCUGCCAUUAUCCUCUACGACGUGUCGCCUACUCGGCAUCAUGCCAAUUUCAUCAUCAUUACUAUGAUGAGAAUUCUUCAACAUGGCAACCAAAUCAUCAUUUCCGUGACUUUUAUUACCCUACGAAUACUGGACUGUCUAGGUUGCAAUCCAAGAUAAAUCAUCAACGACAGAUAACUACUUGGCAAUCGCCUCUUGUUGCCAAUCAUAAGGAAUCAUUCAUGUUAGCUUGCCCCCCACCUGGUAAUGAUAUGAGCGCUUAUCGUAAAAACUCGUCCUCGCUGAUGGCAUAUCCAACAUCCAACAAAGCAUCAUGGAACCAUGGCAUCGUCAAUACGCGUCGAUCAAAAAACUCCAGCAAUUCGACUCUCUUAACCGACAGUGAUAAAAUGAAAUCUGGUGUCAAGCUACCUGUAAUAAAAGACAAAUUAGCUGGUCGUGUAAUAAAUGAUUGCAAUCAUUUACAUUGUGAGUUAGGAUUAAAUAAUUGGAUUUCAAAGGGAUAUCAUCGAAAUAAACUACCCCAAUCGAAGGAUCCAUCAUAUGUAUAUCAUGGCUCUCCUAUGCUACAAGUCAACAAUAUUGAACAGUGCUGUAAAGAGCAAUCAAUAGUAAAUAGUAAAAGUGAAAAGAAACUUAAAGACGAUACUAAGACACUUCCAUCAACAGCUCAGUUGGAAGUAAUCAGAGAGAGACUUUCAUUUGAGCUUCCAGACUUUUUUACUGCAAAGCAGAGUUAUAGUAUUUACAGUGAUAAUAUUGUCUUCGAAAACAAACUAUUAAAUAUUAAAGUCAGGGGUUUAACAUCAUACAAAAUGAUGGUCGCUACGAUGAAAGGAAUGUGCAGAGCUUACUGCUGUAAUUUAGUUUUUGAUGUACUCAAAAUUACCAAGCAUCACGACGAUGGAACUAUUCGUAUUAGAUGGAGAGUAACUGGACUUCCACGACAUCAAGUUGCAUUACUAAUUUGGCCAUUUAUUCAAUCGCCCAAAUGCAGAUAUUUUGAAUGCUUUUCGGUCUUACGGGUUGGAAUUAAUGGUGUAAUUAAUCACCAUCGCCUAGACAAGGUUACGCCUUCUGAUUAUCCUGAGACUACUCAGCGAAAUCUAUGGCUACCGGUCUAG